CAAAGCUCAAGUCCACGAAGGUGUACGACCCACCAUCAUCAUGCUGCUCACUUCCACGUACGCUCUCUUGGCGGUCCUGGCUGGACAGGCGUUCGCCGGAGACAUUGUCAAAUGCUACACUUCUAUGACAAAUAAGAAGCCGCAAGGCUAUGUUCCAACCAAGACUGAGACGCAUUACACCCCAUGCACUACCAAACAAACCAAGCCUGUGUAUACAACCAAGACACCAAAAUACACAACCACCAGAACCGAGUACACCACAACCUACGUCACUGAACCCAAUAAAUACACAUCCACCGUGGUCGUAACCGUCACCACGAGCACCAAGAAGGCCACCGACACAAAGACAAGCACUUCUACAUCCACAUCCACCAAGUCGGUUACUUCUACAGUCACGGAGCGAGCACCAGCAAACUUCACUCCCAUCCAGUCCUCGCUUCCAAACUCUUCCAACAGUGGCGCUGCAGGAGGUGCUCCAAGGAGGAAGCGGUCUGAGACUCAGCUCACCAAACGGGCCUCCAACAAAGGCUACGGAAAGUCCUACCCCAAGAAAGUGACAUGUCACAAGUACACGAAAGACAAGAACUGCGCUACAAAAUACGUCACUACUACCAAGACAGUCUAUGCCCACCCCAAGACUUACACUGAGAAGACCACAAAAACCCAGACUCAGACCAAAUGUCCAAAGGCCAAAAAGACCACCACAUCUACUAAGAAGGUCGACAAGACGAUUACGGUUGGAACAACCACAACCACUGUGACAACAACCACGACCAGCAGCACGACGGUCGCAACGACUACUGUCAAUGCCGCGUGCCGUCUAAGGACCAACUACGCUGACAAAGUGUCUGGCAUUGAUAUCGUUGAGGCAAUAGAAGAUCCAUUUGGCAGAGCGGGCGUCAACCUCUUUCAAUUCCAGGUCCAAGACGCCUUCGAGUGCUGCAACGAGGCUUUCAGCCCGCGGACUGAGGCGGAGGACAUAACAGCCCCAGAGGUCUGGGCUUUCGAUAGGCGCAGGAAUCCAAAUAACAGAGAGGAAAUCAUUGGUUUCUGUACGCUUCUCGGAACAGAAACUUGCGGUGCAGGGCAAGCGAACGGGCGAUGGCAGCUGCUGAACGAGGAGCAGGCGUGUGGUCCUGUGGACCAACUCAACGUCGUCGCCGGGCCAUUGUUCGGAAACGCACCUUGCGGAUUGGGAAUUGGAAGCUCCGGACAAUGUCCUCCUCCACAACCAGAAGAGUAG